UCUCCAAACCCCCCCCCCCCAACAAGUCACAGUCGCAAAACCCCUCUCUCCUCUUGCAUAUUUCUCCCCGCCAAAUCUUUCUCUCACUCCCGCUUGGAUAAACCCCCCUCGAUUACCACUUUUUUACGAUCCUUGCCCCUCACCCCUUUCCCUCUGCGGCUAUGUAUCUUCCUUAAAUUUGCAUCCAUGCCCUCGGCGCAUUGCUCUGCGCUGCGUAUCGUAGCUGAGCCAAUCCCUGUGCGUGAAGCUUCAGGAGGCAUUUGUUGCUCGAUUCUUCUGCAACAAUCUUAAAUUUAGGUUCUUUUGCUGGAAUAUUUGUAGGCAAACAAGUGAUUUGGUUUCUGCACUGGGAAACUGGAACUAUUGGUGGUAUGAGCCAACGUUCUAGUGAUUUCGAGGGAUCAAUGGAGUUAAAAGUUUCAUCUCCAAAACCAGGGGGUCUUUCUCCUUCUGAUUGCAGUAAUGAUCCUGAGGAGAAGGAAGUAAGUGAUGAUGAUGAUGACGAUCGAAACCACAAGCAUCGUAGACGAGAUACUCGCUCUCAGUCUUCGGAGAGAGAUACUUUUGAUCAAGUCACAACAAGGCCAUUCAGAAGGCGAAACAAACCUUUUGUAAAUGGGAACUCUUUUAGAGAUAAUGACUCUCAAGCAAGUACACCAUGGAGAAAUCACAAUUCCACUGACUUUUCUGUAAAAUUUGAUAAAAGACGCCCAGGGUCAGCAUCACUGCCUCGAGCACCUUUUGAUUUAAAUCAAAGAAUCCGGGCAAACCAAGCAUUUCCUGUUGAUGUUGGUCCUGGUAGGGGAAGAGGACGGGACUCUGGAUCAUGGAGCCAAUGCGGUCCUAGGUUCAACUCAGAUCUUGCUUCUCAAAUGGUUCAUCAGGGCUCCAUCCAUCCGAGUCUUUUUGCUGGGCGUGGAUUGCCAAAUGUUUCAGGUGCACAAAGUGGAUCCUGGAAUGCAUUUGGGUUGAUUCCAGGAAUACCAAAUGGUUCCAUGGACACACUACAUUCCAUUGGCUUGCAAGGAACACUCAGACCACCAAUCCAUUCUUCAUUAAAUAUGGGGAUUCCUCGCCAAAGAUGUAGAGACUUCGAGGAGCGUGGAUUUUGUCUCAGAGGGGAUGUGUGCCCAAUGGAGCAUGGUAUGAAUCGGAUUGUUAUUGAAGAUGUCCAGAGUCUUUCCCAGUUCAACCUCCCUGUGUCGAUUCCAAGUGCACACUUACUGGGAAAACCCACAGGCCCGGGAUCUCUACCAUCAGUGAGUGCAUCCUCAACUGCAUUGAUGAAUAGCAAAGGCUUACAUGUAAAAACAAGCAAGACUGCUGUCACUGAUGAUGGCUUGGGCUUGAAUGGUUCAUAUUCUGGUACUGGUUAUGCAGGUGGUGCUGAUUUGUAUGACCCUGAUCAACCCCUGUGGAAUAAUAACUGUCCUGAAACCUCAAAUGCACUUCUAGGCAUGCGAUCACCCAGGAAUGAUGAAACUGAAACCUUGUCGAAUGAUGCUGAUAAUGAAUUCCCAAUUAGAAGCGUUGGGGCAGCUGCCAGUUCACAGAGUACAAGCAUGUCCGUGUGGGGUAGAAUUGGUAGUUCAAAAAGUAGAUUAGAUGUGAAAGAGAAAAUUGAUCCUGUAAUAAAUUCUUCAGAUUAUAUUGAGAGUGAUACUAAGGAAGUUAAGGAGGCAGUCAACACUCAAACUCCACCACGUCAAGGAAAGCGUAUAAUUACAGAGGAUUGCCCAAACACCAUGGAUUCAUCACCCAAGACACCUUUUGAUUCCACGCGUAACAUUCGGAGACCAUCUCAAAAAGCACUGCGUACUCUAUUUGUCAAUGGCAUUCCUCAGAAAAACAACAAAAGGGAGGCUCUUCUUUCUCAUUUUAAAAAAUUUGGAGAGGUCAUUGACAUCUACAUUCCAUCAAAUAGUGAACGAGCUUUUGUCCAGUUUUCAAGGAGGGAAGAGGCUGAAGCUGCUUUAAAGGCACCUGAUGCUGUAAUGGGUAACCGAUUUAUCAGGUUGUGGUGGGCUAAUCGUGAUAGCAUUCCUGAUGAGGGGAUAGGCACUCCCAGUGUUUUUUCUGGAACUCCCCAUGGUGUAACAACUGGUUCAGUACCACCCCAUUCAUCUGGUGCUAGUAUUAGCAAGGAUAAUCUUCAGUCUGCAGCUCUAAAGGGUAGUAUUGCCCAUGCAUCUGAUGCUUCUCUACCUGCCACUGAUAACUCCAAGCUUAUCACCUCAAAUGAUCCCAAGGCCCCACCUCUGCAGAAAAAGCUAGAGAGUUUGGAGCAGUUGAAGGAGGAACUUCGCAAGAAGCAGCAAAUGUUAGCCCAGAAAAGGAAUGACUUUCGUCGCCAGUUGGACAAGCUUGAGAAACAAGCUACUGGACCCAAGGGUGAGACAGACACAGAGCAAGCUGCUAAGAGACCCAAAGUGGGAACAACAACCGAAGCUGAUAAAGCUGCUACUCCAAGCUCCUCAAAUCCUGCUCCUGCGGAUGCAAUGCAUGCUGAGAUGACUGAUAAGAACAAAUCAGGGGAGAACAUUUUGUCCGGUAGUCCAAAAACCAGUUCACCUGUGAUGCUGCAGCAAUCUCCUAGCUUGAAGCUGCAGACUAUCCGUCCUUUGGGACCACUGGGGCCACCUUCUCCUUUCAAUAGAUAUAAAUUAGACAACCGUCCUACUGGUUUUAUAAUUCUUCCUCCUUUACCAGUUGGAUUUGCAAAUGUUGCUAUUAUGAAGGAACACUUUUCACCCUAUGGCGAUCUUUCUACUGUGGAAUUAGAAGAUCUGGAAUCCCGUGAUUGUGGUAGUGAGUUAGAGAAAUCAAAGGAUUGCUCAGCUCGUAUAACUUUCACUACACGCCGUUCAGCAGAGAGGGCAUUUCUCAACGGUAAAUGCUGGGAAGGGCAUGAUCUGAAAUUUACGUGGCUGACAUUUAGUAUUUCCAGCAAUGACCAUAGUGGCAGAGAAAACUCUCCAUCUACCACUCCUAAGGGGCCACUACUAGCUGAUGCUGAGCCUGUUGCAGAUAAGGAAGCAUGCAUUGUUUCCCAGGAAGCUGCUGCAUCAGGAAAUGGAGAACCGGAACAUUCUGAAGGAAUAAGUGGUGUUGAGCACAUGGAAUCGGAUGAACAUGCCGAGCCUAGUCCAAGAUCAACAUCAGGCGAGAAAGAGUCAUCCCAAGUCGACGCAUUGUAAUCUAAAUGCGGGCUAAUUUUCGGAUUUGUACAGUCAGGUAACUACUAAAUCGGAGAAAUUCUAAUUCUUCCGGGAAAACCCUAUGCAAAUUAGCAAUUGUUUAAAUUUUUAUUUUUCUAGUGUUUAUUAUUGUACGCAUGGGAUCUGUAAAAAAGGGAAUUGCCUUAUUUUUGACAUUCACCGGAGGAUAGUUGAGUUGAGUUGAGUGGUGUAUCAUGUUCGUCGGUUCGUCAGUUCGUCGGUCGUCUUUCUUCUUAGAUAUGUGUAGGAACAAGCAGCAGCAGCAGCAUUAAAGUUGAGAAUUUCUGUUGAAACGUUUAAAUUGUUACAUAGAAAAGUUACUUGGGAUUUUUAUUCCCUUUCAGUUUUAUUUUACGUAAGUUGAUA